UGAAAUUUUUGAGGUUAGUUUGAAUUUUCUGUGUUCUGUCAUAAACAUUUGUUCAAUCUCAUUUUAAUGUUUGAUUAUUUAAAUGAUUAGAUUAAAUCAUGUUGUUUCUAAAAUUAGCUAUUAGAAAAUCUGUUUCUUCCUCACAGUGUAUUUUGAGAAUUCAUCAUAGAUGUUGUUCUACAACGAAAAAUAUUAGAGUACGGUUUGCUCCUAGUCCUACAGGCUUGCUACACCUUGGCGGAUUAAGGACCGCUCUCUAUAAUUAUUUAUUUGCCAAAUCCAACCAAGGCACUUUUAUUUUGAGGAUAGAAGACACUGAUCAAACCAGACUUGUGCCCGGUGCCAUAGAAAAACUCCAAGAAGAUCUUGCCUGGGCUGGUAUUCAUCCAGAUGAAGGGCCAGGAUGUUCAAAAGGAACGUGUGGUCCUUACGAGCAGAGCAAAAGAAAAGAUCUCUACAAACAGGAAACGCAGAAGUUGAUAGACUCAGGACAUGCCUACUAUUGUUUCUGUUCGGAACAUAGAUUAGGGUUGUUGAGGAAAGAAGCACUGAGAAUGAGGCAGGUACCAAAAUACGAUAAUAAGUGCAGAGAUCUUACAAAAGAUGAAGUGAAUCAAAAGCUGAGCAGUGGUGUUGAAGCCUGUGUUCGUUUCAAGUUGGAAGGUGGGGAGCAAACACACUGUGACAUGGUGUACGGCAGCGUGAGUCACGACGUGGCCUCCAUUGAGAGCGACCCGGUCAUCCUGAAGACAGAUGGUAUGCCCACUUACCACCUGGCCAAUGUGGUCGAUGACCACCACAUGUGUGUCACGCAUGUCAUGCGUGGGGUCGAGUGGCAGCCUUCCACUGCCAAGCAUCUCCUGCUCUACAAGUCAUUGGAAGGUGGGGAGCAAACACACUGUGACAUGGUGUACGGCAGCGUGAGUCACGACGUGGCCUCCAUUGAGAGCGACCCGGUCAUCCUGAAGACAGAUGGUAUGCCCACUUACCACCUGGCCAAUGUGGUCGAUGACCACCACAUGUGUGUCACGCAUGUCAUGCGUGGGGUCGAGUGGCAGCCUUCCACUGCUAAGCAUCUCCUGCUCUACAAAAGAUCGUUCAGAAGCUCUAAUAAGAUGAAUUUCCACCAGAUCCUGUAUAAUAUGCUAUCUAUAAUAGUCGAUGCUGUAGAACUCUUUAUUAUCAAUGUUUUGUUUUUGUAUACAUUCCAGUUUGAUAUGAAGCACGUGAACACACACGCUUGUAAACUGAAUUUCAGUCAACUGCCCGAAUUUAACAGAGCUGAGUUUUUGAGAGUAAUGUCCGAGGAAAAAGGAAUGAGUGAUAUGAUUCAGCAGUUGAGGGUUAUGCUUCGGCAAAAGUUUCAAGACAGUAACGCUUGUGAACUGGAUCUGGAUAACGAGGAGUAUUUGAAGUCGAUGCUCGAAUGGAGUUUCACAAGGAUCACGCGUUUCAGAGAGCUCAUCGAGCCUCAAAUGAUGUUUCUAUGGAUGCAACCGACACUCGAACAACUUCACAAUGCUGUCAAUCCUAAUCAGAAAGAUUCACUGCAUGAAUUAGUGAACGGUAUUUCCGAAUUGAAAGAAUACAGUGAGGAUAAUUUAAAAACCUUGAUCAGUGAAAUUACCAAAAGUAAAGACUUGAAGUACAAUCAUUUUAUGAAAACGUUGAGGUUGUGCUUGACAGGUCUGAAGGUAGGCCCAGGAGUGAUUGAAGUAAUGACAGUUUUGGGAAAAGAUUGUGUAUUAAGAAGACUUAGGAGAUCGCUGAAACUUGGAGAAGAGAGCGUUCAACAAGGAAAAAGUUUGGAGAACUGUUAACACUAUUGUAGCUAACUACAGGCUUCGCUUUUUAUGAAGAUUUGAAAGAAUGUAAUAAGAAAAUAAGAAGAGAACUUGGUUUGAUCAAUAUUGAAAAAAUACGACUUUGAUUCACUUAUGAACACAUAUCUAUAUUUUCAGAAUAAUUAUUGGUAAGUUAUGUGAGGAUAAUUA